UUUGCUGUUGGAAAGAACGACGGUUUGUUGCGGUUCCGCAUCAUUACUAAUAGCCCGCCUGUAGGAUUCAGCGCCUCUGUGGUGUUUCUGGGUAAGGCAAAUAUGACGCUUGCUACUUUAAACUCAAGCUACUGGAAAUGGUUGAAAAAUGUGCAAGUCCGUUCGUUGUCUUCUCGUGGCGGUCAGUCGGGUACUAUUUUCAGGAUUCGUGGUUGCUUUCCUCCACAAUGUGCCAGUGAAAGUAUGCUUCUUACAAACAUCACGAUUGGAGGAAUUGAAGCUAAGAUUUUGAACCAAAGCGCGCAAGAAGUAGAACUACGAGCUGGAUAUUCAGAUCAUGCCAUAUCAUCAGCUUCUCUAGUGUUUUUGGCUGGAUCAGGAGCUACGUAUACAGGAAGUGUUGUGUGGAAUUACCUAGAACCUGGUAGAAUCACAGGAGUGUCACCCAAUAGUGGACAACGUGGUACUAGAGUCACAAUAACAGGGGAAAGCCUACUGGGAGUUCAAUACAGUAAUAAUGUACGUUCGACUAUACGUGGCAAUGAAUCUGACAUAAAAAGCGUCACCAUUGCGGGGUUGAAAUGUGUGCUUCUGUUUGCCUCUUCUACUGUCAUUAUUGUAGAGGUACCAUUUGGUCCUCCAACUACUGGUGGCAUUUUUAUUGAAACAAAUGCAGGACCAUAUAUUGUCAACAGGACUGCCUGGAGAAAAACCGAAGAUGGGACUAUAACAUCCAUAAUUCCUUCUACAAUGCAGCCAGGAGGAGAAGUUGCUCUAUGUGGUGUAAACAUUCUUUCAGAUGAAGCAGCAAUUAUGAAUCUUACUAUGGCAGGGCAAACCAGUAGCAAGCCAUCUUUUCGCCUUGCUUUGAACAGUAGUUGCAUUAUAGUGCAAACUCCUUUAAUACCUCCUUCCUUUCCACUCCCACCACCAGGAUCUGUCCUUCUCAUUGCAGACACUUUUGCCACUGUUGUCUCUCAACCAGGAGUUAAUUUUACAUAUGCUCGCAUUGACAGUGUGUUUCCUGUGACUGGCCGUCAAGGAACAAAAGUUAUCAUUACUGGCUCUCACCUAGACCUGCAAACGGGUGGUGUUGACUUUGUGUACCUUUCAGGCAUUCCCGCACAAAUUAUUUCCGUCAAUCCUUACAGAAUUGUUGUUAGAGCUGGCAUAGGUCCAUCAUUAGGAUCAACCUUACCAGGAUCUGUGAAAGUAAUUGGUAAAGGCAACAGUACUCUCAAUGGAAUGAUUGCAUUGUCAUUAACUCUCAAAUCAGCGUGGAAAUACAUUCCUGUUGGAAUCAUCUCACAUGUUAUUCCUAGUGAGGGUCAAAUCGGAACUCGUGUCACCAUUAGUGGACAGUUUUUGCUUGGGCUUGGGGGGAAAAUAACACAGGUUGGAGUUGGAACAAAUAUGGCCAUCAUUCUAUCUUUCAGCAACUCAUCAGUUGUUGUCUCCAUCCCUAACAGCACAAAUUUUGACACUCCAGUUGACUUGGUGGUUGAAUCAAACUCAGGUGCACAGACAGUUAAAAAAGAAGCAUUUACGUUUCGCAGACCAGGCGUUAUCACUGACAUAGUGCCCCUGAGUGGUCAGCUGGGGACCAAAGUUACACUUACAGGAACAAGUCUAUUGGGUAAUGGCUCUAGGCUGGUAAGUGCAAUCUUGGUUGGUGUUCCAGCCAUAAUUAAGAAACAGACCAACAAUAAUGUGGUGCUGGAAGCUGGUGCAUAUGCAACCAAUUUGUCAACAUCAGGGCCAGUAGUUCUGACUUCUGAUAAUGGAGCAAUGGUUACAAGUUCUCUUCGCUGGACUUACAUAGCCUCUGGUCAUAUCGAUGUUGUUACUCCCUCUGAAGGCCAGUUUGGCUCUCUUGUUAACAUUAGUGGUACAAAUCUUCUUGGUGGAGGAGAAAACAUCAGCAUCGUAACACUGUGUGGCUUACAGGCCAAAGUAGUUUUCAUUUCUUUCAAUCUUCUUGUUGUACGUGCAGUUACCAAUUUAAAGCGUGAUCUUCCUGGUGAUGUUAUUAUCACAGCAAACACUGGAGCACGGGUUAUUGGGAUCCACAAGUGGAUAUAUAGAAAACAAGGCAUUAUCACUAACAUUUCACCAGUUACUGGUCAACUUGGAACUCUGGUUACCAUAACAGGAAGCAAUGUCCUGGGUUACGGAUCUCAAAUUCUUAACAUUACCAUAGCUCAGGUGCCUGUUUUGUCUGUGGUAGAACAGUCCAGCUUACGUGUAGUGGCACGAGUUGGUGCUGGAGCUGAAGGGGUGUCCGGUAAUGUAAUUAUCUUUGCUGACACUGAAGCAGUCGUCACUUCCAUCAAUUUAACAUUUACUUUCUCAAAACCAGGUAGUAUUUCUUUGGUAACUCCUAGCUCUGGUUUAGAAGGAACACUAGUGGUUAUUCGAGGAACUCUACUUCAUGGACAUGGCAAUCUAACCUCUGGUGUUACAUUGAAUGGGGUUCCUGUUAGUCAAAUCGUGUAUGACUCAGAGACUGAGAUAAUUGUGGCAGCAGGUCCAACUCCGCUUGCAUCACCAACACAGCCUGGAAAUGUUGAAAUAACAUCAAACACAGGAGAAAUAGUCACCAAAGACCGCAUUUUCUCCUAUGCUACUCCUGUUGUUAUAAGUUCAGUCACUCCUAGCAGUGGCCAAAGGGGAACUGUUGUCAAUAUUGCUCUCACUAUUAAAUCAUCUGCUGUAGAAGUUGUCCAUGUUGCCGGAACAGAAGCUACUGUGACACAAAGGAAAGGAAACACUGUAGUUAUUCAUUUGGGCAGGCCUUCUAGGCAGGGAACCUUUACAGGUGAUAUUGUAGUAACUUUGCAAAAUGGCAGUAAAGCUCGACGGAAAAGUGGCUUUACAUACACAUCAGAAGGUAUCAUUUUCAGUAUCAACCCUGCACAAGGUCAGAUUGGGACAAUUGUAAAGGUUACAGGACAAAAUCUCUUAGGGAAUGGUACUCAAAUAGUGACUGCUUCUUUGGCAGGUUUGUCUGGUCAGGUUGUCAACUCAUCAAACACUGAGGCUUUGAUUGUGGUCACAGAACGCAAUUUCAUAAGGAAUUUGGGAAAUCUGACCUUAACAUCAGACAACGGUGCUAUCAUUACUAGAGUAGAUGGAUGGGAGUCUGUGCCAGCAGGACUAAUACAGUCUGUCUUUCCAAAUGUUGGUCAGCUGGGCACAUUGGUUACCAUUCGUGGACAGAGGCUAUUUGGAGGUGGAACAAGAAUAAACAGUGUUCAUCUUAGUGGAAUUCCUGCGUUAAGGAUUAUGUCUGCCAAUGAUAGUAUUGUCAUUGUUGAAGCUGCGGAUGGUGACAAUACAACUAAUCAAACAUCAGCAGUAACUCUCACAUCUGACACAGGGUCUAUAGUUGAACUGCAGUUAGGGUGGAUUUACAAACCCAGAGGCAAGAUUGUCAGCGUGUCACCUGCAAUUGGUCAGUUUGGGACUCAUGUGACCAUCAAGGGCUAUAAUUUGUUGGGUCAAGGAAGAACCGUUCAAGUUUCUCUUGGUCAAGUUGAUGCCUUGACUGUUGAAAGUGCUACAGACACGCUCAUCGUUGUGAGAGCCAAUGACGGCAUGAACAUCACAGGUAGAAGGGAAAGCAUAAUGAUCACAGCUAACACAGGAGCAUUUACAACAAGGAAAGCAACCUGGACGUACAGAGCUCGUGGAGUAAUCACAUCAGUUUACCCUCCUAAUGGACAAUAUGGAACGGAAGUUGUUGUGAGAGGUCUUAACUUGUUUGGAUUUGGAAGCAAGAUUGUAAGAGCAACAAUUGGUGGGAUAGAGGCAUCAGUCAUGCAGAAUACAAAUGAAAUAGUUGUCAUUUCAGCUGGCUUAUGCCUCACAUCAAUAUCAGAUGUAGACAUCAUACUGGAGGCUGACUCAGGAGCCCAAGUAAUAGCUCAACGUGUCUUUUCUUAUAUAACUCCUGGAAACAUUACAUCAGUUCAACCAGCUAGUGGUUUACAUGGUACAAUUAUCACAAUCACAGGCUUUCAACUAUUUGGCUAUGGAAUCAAACUCAAAAGUGUCAGCAUUGCUGGUACAUUGGCAGCUUUUGACCAUUUUGCCGUAAAUUCUUCUGUCAUUACUGUGACAGCAGGGAUCAAUGCCCAUCCAGUGACAGGACCAAUUGUUAUCACUUCAUCAUCAGGAGCUAUUGUCAGCUAUUUCAACUGGACCUAUGUACAAGGAGGCAUAAUAUCAGCACUUUUGCCUGCAGUUGGUCGGUCUGGUAUUCGUGUCACAUUAUCAGGAUCUCGUCUACUCUCAGGUGGUACUACAGUAAAAUGCAUUAUUGUAAAUGGCAGUCCUUCUUUUAAAAUUGAGUCAGCCAAUGAUACACAUAUUCAAUUUCGACUGGGUCCUCCUCCUCCAGCUGGUCAAAGUCAACAUGGUGUUUCAGUUGUUCUGACUUCAGGAUCUAUGUAUUCAGUUACUGCAAACUUGUUUGCAUAUACAUCUGAUGGGGGAAUAGUUACUUCAGUAAAUCCGAAUGCUGGUCAUGGAGGCACCACUGUUGUGAUACGAGGAUCUAAUCUUCUUAAUGGGGGAAAUGUGUCAAACAUCUUUCUUUCAGGAAUCAAAGUAGCAGCUAUCUUGUCAGCAAAUGAAACUGUGGUUGUAGUCGUAGCUGGUAAAGGUUAUGAUGCCACAGGCGAUGUAAUUGUUGCCUCAUUCAAUGGUUUCAUUUCAGGACUUCAUAAUGGAUGGCAAUAUCUGCCAUUCAUACCUAAAUCAGCUGUCAGUCCUGCACAAGGACAAAGUGGUACUACAGUUACUAUUAGUGCCCACAAGGCUUUGCUUAAUUUCAAAGUUAAAUCAGUCAUCAUUGCAGGUAUUCCUGCUCAACUUCAGAGCACCAGUGUCAACAGAACGUACUUUGAUGAUCGAAACAUGUCCAUUGUUGAGGAUAUACAGCAGCUGUCAUUGGUUGCUGGGCCAUUGUCAACAGCAACUACAUACACAGGUGAUAUUGUUCUCCAAUCUCAGACAGGAGAGCAGCUUCUGAUUAGUAGAGGCUGGACUUACCUUCCAAAUCAGAUUGUCGAUUUUGUGAGUCCUAUAAAUGGUUAUCAGGGCACUCAAGUCACCAUUAUUGGAAGAAACUUACUGGCUGGUGGGACACGAAUAUCAUCAGUGCAUCUGGCAGGAAUAUCAACACGCAUAAUGACAGAAGAAAUCGAUUUUGAAGGAAAAAACGUUCUUAGAGUAGAAGUUUUGCCUAACAAACAAACCCAGUCUGGUAUAUCAGGAAAUAUCGUGAUUACAUCUGAUGAUGGAGCAAGCUUUGUACCUCCAGGAAGACAGUGGACAUACUUGGAUGUUCAGAUCGCAUCAUUUAGACCAAAAUUUGGGCAAGUUGGUACUUUAGUGACAGUAUCUGGGCUUAACUUGCUGGCUGGUGGAAACUCUAUCUUAUCUGCCACUUUGGCAGGAGUAACAGCAACAAUAGUAAAAGCUUCAACAUCAGAAGUAGUUCUCAGAGCAAAUAACUCUACCCCUACAGGGCCAGAUGACAUUGUUUUGAAUAUGGAUACUGGAGCACAGAUUUUACUCCAUCAAGGGUGGACAUACAGUCAGCCUGGCAACAUCACUGAAGUGCAACCAAGAAUUGGAACGGAAGGCACUGUUGUUGGUAUUACGGGUACAGACCUACUUGGAGGUGGAAAGCAGGCCUCAAAUGUGUUCUUAGAUGGUGUUCCUGCCAGAGAAGUUGUAGCCAGUAGUCAUCUGUAUGUGGAAGUGGUAGUAGGUAAAGGACCACCAGGAGGGACGACCACACCGGGCACUGUAAUUAUAAUUGCAAACACAGGUGCAACAAUUUCACGAUCAAACCUCUUUAGAUACGCUGCUGUAGGUAAAGUGACAAGCAUUUUACCUCAGCUUGGACAGUAUGGUACUGAGGUUAUCAUUCGAGGAUCUGAUUUACUGUCAGGAUCUUCUUCACUACAGUAUGUAAAGCUGGCAGGCGUUGAUGCCACUGUUGUGGGCAAGCCAACUGAUUCUAUGGUUACUGUUAGAGCAGGAUUUCCUCCAAGAUUGGAUGCAUUUACUGAUGUCAUUGAAAUUCGGUCUUCCAGUGGUGGUAUUGUUAGUUCUAGCACUGUGAAAUUCUCCUAUUUGCGUUCAGGUCAAAUCUACACUGUUAGUCCGUCCAAAGGACAGCAUGGCACAUAUGUUCAUCUAGCAGGUGAGCGCCUUCUGGGAGGAGGAUCUACUCUCCGUGCUGCUUAUCUAGGAAAUGUCUCAGCGUUUAUUGAGAAGCCAUUCACCGAUGACUCAGUAACAAUUCGAGCAGGUGAAAGUGUUCAAACUGGAAACGUAAAUGUUACUCUUGUCUCAGACAAUGGAGCAAUCGUAGUGAAGCUCGGCUUUACCUACCUACAAAGCAGCAACAUAACUACCGUAAAUCCUCCCAUUGGAAGGCAGGGUACAAGAAUUCGAAUUACAGGAAACAGAUUGACUGGUGGAGGAAAUAACAUUACCAACGUUCGUUUGUCUGGUGUGCAAGUUAUGUCCUUUGUAGAAGGAACAGGUUAUGUAGACGUGAGGGCAGGAAAUGGCUCAAAAGCAGUCAAUUUAACAGGUGACAUUGUAAUCACGUCCAACACGGGUGCUCAGACUACUCUAAGAAACGGAUUUACGUACACUAGUCCAGGGCGUGUCAGUAGACUGAGUCCUUCUAGUGGGAUCAGUGAUGAAGAAGUCAAUAUUACUGGUGUCGAUUUACUAGGUGGAGGCAGUCGGAUCGUGACAGUGACUUUUGGUAGCAUCAAAGCCCAAGUUAUUCACUCCAGUAACACUUCUGUGACCGUUAUAACAGGACCAAACAAUGAUGGAGAGCCAAAGCCAAACAUUGACGUUUACCUAGAAGCAGACACCGGGGAUGCAACCUACGCUUUUGGAGCAUGGUCCUACAACGCGUCCUGCACAGGAAACCAGUUUGGCCUAUAUCCUAGUAACUGCACAAACUGCUCAGCAGAGUGCAACCGCUGUUUCAACAUUGGAAACACAAACUGCCGCAGGUGUCAACGUUUCACCAUUCCAACCAAUUCGAGUAAUGGUAAGCAGUGCGUUUUUAGCUGUCCCAACUUCAUCAACGGCACAACUUGUGUAGAUAAAUGCAGUAAAUUUCAAUUUGUGAACAUUUCAAUGGACACUGACAAUAAGAUUCACAAAUACUGUUAUCAGUGCAGCAGUUUGUGCAACCCCAAUAAUGGAUGUGAUGGCCCUAAUCCAACCAACUGCACUGUUUGUCUUUACGUUCGUGACGAAGGUGCCUGUACAGACAAAUGUCCUAUAGACAAGUACUCUGACAAUGAAAAUAACUGUCAGCCGUGUCAUUCCGAAUGUAAGAAAGGAUUCGGGUGUCACGGUCCAAACGAGUGGGACUGCAACGUAUGUGCACAUUUCAGUCUUACGCGUGAUACAUGUAACUUCACAUCUACAGAUGCAACUGGGAACUACUGUAUUGCAUCAUGUCCCAAUGACUACUUUGUAAAUGGAUCUAACUGCUUGGAAUGCGAUGAUCAGUGUUUGGGGGGAUGCAAAGGUUCCCUGCCACAUCAAUGUCAUCAUUGUGCGAAGUAUGUAAAACUUCAGAAUGGCCUGCACACUUGUGUUGCAUCCUGUAAUCCUGAGAGUGGUCCCUACCUCUUUUAUGCUAGCACAAAUAGAUGUGAACGUUGUCAUCCACAGUGUUCACCUAUAGGAGGAUGCACUGGACCUGAACCACAAGACUGCCUACAAUGUCAAAAUUUAACGUUACGAAAUACGGCAAACGGUACUACGUGUGUAGGACAAUGCCCCUCCAAAUACUAUGCAGAUGAACAGUUUCAGUGCAAUACUUGCGAUGCUAGCUGUACAAAUGGUUGCAAUGGUCCAACUCCAAGCGACUGUACUGCUACUGGCACAACUGUGGGCACGUUUGACGCUGGUACGGGAACUGUUGCAGUUGUUGUUGCUAUCUGUGUCGUUCUUCUUGUCAUCAUUGUACUAGUUUUCGUUUGGGCCUGCUGCAAAUCUAGUAGUGACCGAUACUCUGUCAGUGAUAUUCUGUUGAGUUCCAGGCACGAGGAACCAAGCCACGAUGAGACAGACAGACAAAAACAAGUCAAGGAAACAAGUAUCGACGGAAGACCACCAGCUUCAUUGCCCAGUGAUCACGGCGGACUGCGACCACUGAGUGAGGUACCCCUACUAAAAAAACAAUCCGCUGUUGACAAUUACAUUCCCAUGGCUGUCAGCAACAAUGCAAUGACAGAUGAAGAAUAUACAGCUAUGGAUACUCCCAAACUCGUCGCUGAUUCAGUGUAUGCUGAUUCCGACCAGCCACCGCCUACAGCAAGUCAUCAGCAGCCUGCACACAAGUCGUUCUCAUCAGUGACGUUACCACCUCCAGUUACUCAAGACAUGUACGAUGACGUCGAAGUAGAUCAAGGAGAACUAUUGUAUGAAGACGUAAAUCCAGCUGCAGCUGCUAAAACAAGCAAGAACAAGGCCAGACCAAUGAGUCAACCAUCUAAGUCCACUCCUGCUCUACUUCCAUCUACCAAGACCAAACACACUGCACCAACCCUCCCGCCUCGUAGUACAAAACCACAGGGCGCUCUGCUUCCUCACCCUCCAAGAGCACAACCACCAGCAGAGCAGCCGCGUAAACUAGGCCCCAAACCUGGAUCAUCAAUGCAACACUUGCCACCUCUCCAACCAAUGAAUCAUGUAUCAAUUACAGCAACUAAACCACAGUUCACCAUGCAAAGACCCGAACCUGGACAAGACGAUGAAGCUCCAGUUCUCCCACCUCGAAAUGCAAACAAACCAUACGAAGUAGACGACUUGUAUGAAGACUGCAGUAACAUAGAAAUUGAUUGACCUUAAUAGCUACUGUACCAAGACUAUAACAGUACAGGUACAUGCAUGUGCUUGACUUAUGCUGCAGAUAGAGUUCAUUCAUCAUUGCCAAACACAAGAAUUUCUUUGAAAAGA